CGGGACCACGCUGUCAUGGCUCCCUACACAAACACAACCGCCUGAUGUUUCUCGACUUUUCUUUCUAAAAGUAGAAGUUAAGAAAGUUUGAGUUCGUUUGUCAGACUCUAAACUGUUUAAGUGAAACUGUACACGCUCAGAGUAACUACUGCAUAAUUAUUAUCAAAAGAUCAUGUCUGGUGGAAACAAAGCUAUUGAACUUCAGCUUCAGAUGCGCCAAAAUGCUGAAGAUCUGCAUAGUUUUAUGCGGGAGUUGGAUACCUGGGAGGAAGACAUUAAGAAGAAGGAUGAGGAGCUCCGUACAGGAGAAGUACAGGGAGAAGAGAGGAAGCUCCCACCUAUUCGCAACAAAGACUACAAGGCAAAGAUGAGAGAAAAGAAGAAAAAGAAACCGACAAGUAAUGGCCUUGGAGGCAAUGGAGAUGAGAAGAUAGGAGAGAAAACACAAGAAAGAAUCAAGGGAUAUGACUAUAGGUCCUGGGACAAAUUCAAUGUGGACAAGGUCUUGGAAGAAAUGGAUAAAGAGGAAAGCCCACCAGAGUCAAAUGAAUCUGACUCUGAGGACAUUACAGCUGAUCGGGAAAAGGCCCUGAAUGAGAAAGAAAAAGGCAACACGUUUUUUAAAGAGGGCAAAUAUGACGAUGCUGUUGAGUGCUACACCAGAGGAAUGACUGCAGACCCUUACAACCCUGUGCUUCCAACAAACAGAGCUACAGCUUUCUUCAGACUCAAAAAAUUUGCUGUGGCAGAAUCCGACUGCAAUUUAGCAAUUGCAUUAGACAGCAAAUAUGUGAAAGCAUUUUUACGAAGAGGAGCAGCGCGAUAUGCUCAAAAGAAAUAUGAACUUGCAUUAGAAGAUUAUGAAAUUGUUCUCAAACUUGAUCUGGGCAAUGCAGAGGCACAGAAUGAAGUGAAGAAAAUUAAGGAGGUUAUUGGCUCCAAUACAGCUCAUCACCCAGAAGAAGCUUCACCAAUAGAGGAAGUCCUAAAAGUGGACCCUGAACAGCAAAAGCAAAUGGAGGAGCAGCAAAGAAAACAGGAGGCAGUAUUACAAAAGGACAGGGGAAAUGCUUAUUUUAAAGAGGGAAAGUAUGAAGCAGCCGUGGAGUGCUAUAGCAGAGGGAUAGAGGCUGACAGCAUGAAUGUUCUUUUGCCAGCAAACAGAGCAAUGGCCUACCUUAAACUUGAGAGGUUUAAGGAGGCAGAGGAAGACUGCACUAAGGCUAUUUCUCUGGACAACACGUACUCCAAAGCCUUUGCUCGCCGAGCCACAGCCAGAGUGUCAUUAGGGAAACUAGCAGAGGCCAAAAAAGAUUUCCAAGAGGUUUUGAAACUUGAACCUGGGAACAAGCAGGCUUUGAAUGAGCUUCAGAAAAUACAGGAUGUUUCCAGUGGAUGCCUUCAGUCAUCCGAUUGCACACAGAGGAGAACAAUCCAACCAAUAGAAAAACCCAAACAUUUGCAGUCCACGAAACCACUCAGGCGAAUUGACAUAGAAGAAGUCACUGGAAAAGUAUUGAUCCCUGAUAUACAAAUGAGUGAGUCCCAGGAUGCACAGAAUAAGGCUCAAGAGGACACAUCUCCAUUGUCAACAUCACCAAGCGCCAAGAUGAUUAAAAUUGAAGAAAUUGCAGAUCUUUCAGCAUGCCAAUCAGCACCAUCUACACAAGCACAAAAACCUUCCCUUAGAAUUAAUACUUCUGCUCCUGAUACAUCAGUUCAAGCAUCAUUACAAGUCGUGGACAUACCUCCUCCCCCACCCAACAGUUUUCAGUUUGAAGCAGACCUGCGCAAGAUUGGAUCUCAACCUGAAAUAAUUUAUUCAUAUUUGAAGCAAAUGAAACCAGAGGUGUACUCAAAGAUAUUCCACAACUCUCUUGAACCAAGUGUUCUUAACCAGAUCCUAAAUACACUGCAUGAUUUUUACUUAAAGAAUGAAUCACCGACUGUAAUCCUUGAAAUUCUCCAGAACAUAGCUAGUGUUAGACGCUUUGACAUGGCAGUUAUGUUUAUGUCAUCUUCAGAGAAGAAAGUAUUAUCAGAACUGUUUGAUUUUCUCCUCCAAAGUGAACUUGAGGCAUCAUCUGUCACAUCUUUACAGAAGAAGUAUGGUUAUAUGUCCAAAAGAUGCCAACAACAAGCAAAACAGCUGAAGUCACCUCUAAAUGACCGGAUCCACUGCGAACAGCAUCUGGAAGAGAAAUAUGAGACGAAACGACAGGAGGGCUGGCAAACAGCUGAGCAUGCAAACAAACCCUUUCCUCCUAUCUCUAACACAUCUGGUCCUGCGAUCUUCAUAUCUGAAGGACCUACUGUGAGACCUGUUGUACUGCAGCGACAAACAGCCGUGACACCGUGUUAGUGGCCUUACAAACCAGAACUUUUGAUGUGUCCAUCUCAUUGGGGGUCACAGAGAUAACGUUCCCCUGUCCACUGAUCCAUGGACCAGAGUCCAUCUUCCAAGAGUACACACAAGACGGCCGACAGAGGGCGUGGCAGCUGAAGGUGUGACUCACAGAGGGGUUGAGGAGACCACUGCCGGAGAUGGACACAUUCACUGGACCAACUGGUGAGGAAAAGGAAAGAAAACACUUAAUCUGUAGGUAUGUUCACAUGCACACCAAAAUGCAAUUAUUAUCAGAUUUCUGGAUCUUUCAGAUUAUUCAAUUUAAAUGCAAACCUCAAAAUGUGUAGAUUGAUUGAUUAGUCGACUAAAGGGCAAAAGCUCUCAAAACUGUUCAUGCUAAAAUAACUAUUUCUGGAGAAACAGUGAACAAGGAAACAAUGCAUUUAUAUGCAAAAUACUACAGG